AUGACAAAAGUAUUUACUAUUGGUAUAGGCGGACCUUCUUGCUCUGGAAAGACGACAGCAACACGUAUCCUUCGUCAGAUACUCAAAAACACGGCCAUCAUCUACCAAGAUGACUAUUACAAGCCUGAAAAACUAGUUCCUAUUGAUCCCAAGACGAACCUAGCCAACUGGGAUUGCCCUGAAUCCGUCGAUUUUAAUGCAUUUGCACGCAAUAUAGAAUACGCAAAGAAACACAGUGGACAGCUGCCCAGUGGCUUCCAGUCAAACGAAGAAAGCAAUGUACACGAUGGAUCCACUCUCAUCAGCCAGGAAGCAUCUGCCAAACUACGAGACAUACUGGCCCCAUUGCUAGAGAAACACGCUCAUGUCACAUUUGUUUUUGUGGAUGGAUUCCUGCUUUACAGCAGCGACAAUGUCUCUCAACAACUGGAUUGCAAAAUAGGCUUCAAAGCUUCUUACGAGACUUUAAAACUAAGAAGAGAAAAGCGGCAAGGAUACCAUACAUUAGAGGGGUACUGGGUAGAUCCACCUGGCUACUUUGAUAAGAUUGUGUGGCCCGAGUACCUGAAUCAAAGCAAACAUGACGAAACAGUCGACCAGCUAUUGAUCAUCAACACGGACGAAUUCAGUAUUGAUGAGACAGCGAUCAAAGUAGCUGAAAAGAUAGUACAGGACUUGUUGGAAUAA